AUGUCAUCGUCUUAUGGUUCAACAAAUACUAAUAUCAAUAAUACGUAUAGUUAUGAUGCAACUGCUUUUCCAGUACUUCCUCGUCCACAACAACCAUCACCAUAUUCGAUUACUAAUAAUUCAAUGAUAAAUAAAAUAGAUGAAUUAAUUAGUUCUGUACGUAAAGUAAAUGAUACAUUAGAAAAAUUUUCGAAGAAAAACGAUGAAUUUGAAUUAUUUAUGAACAAUAAAAUUAAAAAUGAUGAAAUAUUAUCCACGAAAAUUGAUCAUUUAAUAGAAAAUGAUGUGGAAUUUAAGAAAAAUAUUAUUCAACAUGAAAUUAAAAUUACACGACAUGAAAAUAUAUUUAUAAAAUUAAUUGUACCAAUGAUUGAUGAAAUCAGUAAAUAUUUAUCAAUAAUUAAUAUUGACAAGAAAGGUGGUACAUUAGAUGCUGAUUUUCAAGUUACAAUAAACAGAAUGCGUGUACAAUAG